GCGGCUGCAGGCGCCAUUUUAAUUUUCGGGAGGGAGUCCUGACCGCGGCACCGCGGUGGUGAGGUAACAUCAAAUCCAUCAGCAGUAUCUGGGAUGAAGAUGCUGCCUGGCCUGCUGAGUCCUUCCAAUAUCUUGUUUGUGUUGCUAGGAUUGGGGAACCUUGGUUUUUGAGAGAUAUUGAGGUCCUGGUUAAGAAAAAAAAGGAAGUGUGCAGCAGUUAUAGACAGGCAUAAAUCCACUCCCAAAAACCGCAAUGGUAGAUUUCACAGACCAAAAACCAUUCAGCAUGCUCCCUGAAGAGAGUGGCAGUACAAGUGAAGCAGAUAGCAGUUUGAAGGAAACAAAACUUUCAGAUAUAACAGAAGAGUGUCCAUCCGGAGUUUCUCUACAUCUAUGGAAAAAAUUUCAGGAAUUGAAAGAAAAAAGGAGUGCUGUAGCUCAGCUCUCAUUAAAAAAGAGGGUGAGACGAAAACGAAAAGCUUCUGCUGCAGAAGGCCUGAUAAAUGUGGGAAGGAAUAAUGAGGAGACUUCCAUCGGAGUGCAGAACUCCAUGCAGGAGCAGAAAACUGAGACUGAAAGCAGCGAGCUGGCCCUGAGGAAGGCCCACUGGGGUGAACUAAGGCAAUAUUUUGGAGCAAAUGAUAGAUUUAAGUCUCCUGCAUGCAACACAUCUUGUUCAAAGACAAAUCUAGAAAAAAACCUUGACAAAGCCGUUGCUGCAGGGGAUAUAGAUGAAGCAGAGCGGUUGAGUGACAACCUUGCUCUUCGUAAGCUGGGUGUGCAAAUAGCAAAAGCUGUUGAUUGUCGUGAUUUUGCCAAAGCCAAACAAGAGGCUGAAACUUCUCAACAGGCUCAAAAGAAGAAGCAGCUUGCAUGGGGAUUCGAAGCUAAGAAAAGAUGGGAGACAAAAAGCAACAUGGGCUAUAUGUGAUGUUUGCCACGGGAUAGAAAUUAAGUGAGCACUGAGAUGUGAAACACUUGACCUGCACUUGCACUCUCAAUCCAAUCUCAAGGGAGUCAUCUGGAAGCACUUUACAGGAAUAUAACAACCAUUGUGCCCUGCCGCUUCCAUGACUGCAAAUUUCUGAUUGAGAAUGAGUUAGCCUUUAAGUGUUUAAAAUCUGAACAUGGUCAAGGAACUUGAAAGAAGAUUUCCCCAUUUUAUAAAUAUCCCCCAGCAAGCCCAGUAAUAUCUUCUGUUGACACAGUUUCGUGAUGUGAACAAUAAUGCAGUAGGUGUUUCUGUCUAUCCCACUACCUCAUUCAAUGUAAGCACUAUUUACAAACAGAAGACUGCAUUUUCAAACCACUAUGAGAUAAAAUCUUUGCCCAUGUCUGUUGAAAUAGCAGUACAGUCCCUGUACUGCUAGUUGUCCUGCCAAUGGAGGAAAAAAACUGCUUUGCAUUCCUCAAGAACUCUUUCUUCCUAUCAGUCACUGGAACUAAAGCUGUGGAGAAGAUUGCUGUGGAGAAAAAUAUCCAAUCAUUUGACUAUAACAUUAAGAAUGGAGAAUGUUUUUCUCAUAAAGCAGUCACUCGAGUUCACUCCAGAUGAUAGGUUUGUACAUCUGAUGUGUAUUAUUUCAGCUUAUAGAUUGACAAAAACUUUAUACUUCCUUCUGUAAUAAACAUGUUUUGUCAAUUUGAUGUCCUUAUCACCAUUCGACUCUUUUCUGUGGAUAAGUUGAAAGGAGGAGUUUGUGUGUGUGUGUGUGUUGGGAGGCGUGGGGAGGAGGAAAGGGAUUAUAUCAUCUAUCAACUGUACUAAAAAUGCUAAUUGUCUAAUGGAUAAUAAUAAUAAGUACUUUAUUAAUCCUGAAUGGGAAAUUCUUUUGUUACAGCAGCAAGAUUUAAAAACACACUUUGCAGUGUGCAGACUUAACUGAUAAAAAACAGAAGAAUAAUAUACACAAUAAUGUACCAAUGUGCAGUAGUAAUGUACCAAAUAAUAAAACAGAGACUAUUGUGCUAUGAUGUGUGUUCUCCUGUUGCACAGAGAUGAAAUGUUGUAUAUGCUUGUUGCAUCUGGUGGGAAAGAUUUUCUGUAACGAUCUUUGUGACAGCAGAACUGAAUGAGGAUGUGCUAGAUUAUCCAUAAUGGAUAACAGUUUGUAUAGUGACCUCCUCUCCAUCGCUAACUCAAAAGAUUCAUGUUAGGGUAAACAUAACAUAACUUCAAAAGAAACUGGUAAUUACUAGUUUUAUUUAUUAGUUUUACUUGUUUAACACCUCUACAGCAAAGAGUUUAACAGCUGAUGGCAAAAAUUGUUUCCAAGCUUAUUUUCAUUUACUGUUAUAUAAACUGUUUAACAUUUCUUUAUUCAUUAAGUUGAAGAGAAAUAAUGCAAGAUAAAUUGGAAUUUUUUUCCCAAUGGUACAUCCAGUUUGGCACAAAGGAAGUUUCUGUCACAGUGAUUAUUUAUUUGUUCUUUUUAUGCCAUGUAAGCAAGCCAGCAGAGCGAUCCCCAUCAGUCCCAUUCUCCCACUUGUUACUCACUCUCAGAUGCCCAGCAACUUCCUCUGUGCUUCUCUUAUUAUGCAGCUACACUGUCGAUAGCAAUGUCUAAGAACAGGCAAUUCCCUUGUCCUGACAACACUUAUUCUUCGGCGUGGAUCACAAAGACUUAUUGAUUGGAAGUUAUUGGCUAAUGUAAAUUGGCCCUCAGGUAGGUGAGUGAUAAAGGAGAUAUGGGUUUUAAUUGACCAUAAACUAUGGGGAGAGAAGUACUGGCAUUGGGAUUACCUUGAGAACAAUCAGAGACGCGACAGGCCAUUCAGCCUGUGUUGUUUAAAUUAUGGGAAGUGAUACAGGUGGACAAAUAAAAAAAGCUGCUACAUUUUAUUAACUACAAUGUAACUAUACAUCAGUAGAGUCAUCAUCAUCAUCAUCAGGUGCAGUGCCCAGAUUGAGCUUUGAUUGUCAUGGCCCACACACUCCUGUUUCAGGUGUCUCCAUCAUCAUUUGUCUUUGUCUUUGUCUUGCUUUCUUCCCUUCAAUCUUUCCCAUAAUUACCAUGCAAUCUAACUCCUCUUUCCUAAUCACACGUCCAGUGAAGUCACUUUGCCUUUUCAUGAUCUCAUACAUUAUUUCUCUUUUUGUGUUUGCUCUGUUCAUGACAUCUUCAUCAGAUAUUCGUUUUGUCCAUGAUAUUCUUUGCAUCCUCCUCAAAAACCACAUCUCUGCUGCUUCAAUUCGUUUCCUCAUGUUACUAGAUAUUGUCCAACAUUCUGAGCCAUAUAACAUAACUGGAUAAACAUAACAUUUUAGUGCUCUGAGGCGGGUUGUCAUGCCUAGUUUAGUAUUGGUCAGUAUACUCUUCGUUCUCGUAAAGGUGUCUUUUGCCAUCCCUAUUCUUCUGAUGUCCAUGUCGCACCUGCCAUCUGAUGUCACCCAGCGUCCUAAGUAGCAAAAAUUCUGUACUUGUCUUCCCUGAUUAUUCUCAGCCUGCUGAUAGGAUUCUCCUUUUUGGAUAUCACCAUACGUUCUGUCUUUUUGCAAUUGAUAGAUAGACCCAUUUUUGCACUUUCUUCAUCAACAACUGUAUCAAUUAAGUUUUGUAGUUCUUCCUCCGUACUUGCAAUUAACACAGUGUCAUCCGCAUAUCUGAAAUUAUUGAUGUUUUCACCGCCAACUUUGAUUCCCAAGAUGUCUCUUAUUUUUUGUAAUAUUGUUUCACUGUACACAUUAAACAAAUCAGGGGAGAAAACACACCCUUGUCUAACGCCUCUUGAUUUUCGUAAACUGACUCACUUCUCCAUCUAUUCUUACAGCGGCAGUUUGUUCCCAGUACAGAUUUCUGAUUAGGUGGAGGUCUUUCGAAUCUAGAUGUAGAGUUUCCUGUAAUAUUUCGAAUA